CUGCGAUCGCCUGGAUUGGCUAACGAUGACGGAAUUUGUAUCGCCUGCGGGGCCUACGCCUAAUAUUCCAGAGGACUUGACCCUCGCCCAGUUCAUGCUUGACUCGGUUCAUCCAUCUCGACCUGUCCGGAACGAAGGCAUACCUUGGUACAUCGAAGAUGCCACUGGAAGGCGGAUAGGGUUUGAGGAGAUCCGUUCACGGGUGUUUGGCCUUGCGAACGCGUUAAGUCUGAAGUGGAACGUCCACGAGGACGAUGUCGUCUGCAUCUUCAGUCCAAACCACGUUGACUAUGGCACGGUCAUUUGGGCUGUUCAUAGGCUUGGUGCUAUCGUGACUGCGGCAAACCCUGUGUACAACGCGGAUGAACUGUUGUACCAGCUUGAGACGACCAAGGCGGUCAACAUCAUCGUACACCCCGACUUCCUUUCCGCCGUACUCAUAGCGGCGCAAAAGGCUGGCAUUUCAAACGAUCGCAUCAUCCCACUUGAUGCUCUCUCCCCGUCCGAGUCUGCUCGCGUCGGUCCGAACGUUCAUGAACUCAUUGAGUAUGGCUUAAGUCAAAACCCUAACUUUGUUGAGAGGCGUCUGCGCCCAGGAGAGGCGAAGACGAAAUUGGCUUUUAUGAGCUUUUCGAGUGGGACAACCGGCAAGCCCAAAGCUGUUGCGAUAUCGCACUAUGGUCCGAUCGCCAACAUCAUUCAAAUGGCGGUUUUUCACAAGGUGAACGAGAACUAUACAAAUUGGGAAGACCAACGAUUCAGACCUGGAGAUGUCGUCUCAGCAGUCCUCCCAUUUUUCCAUAUUUACGGACUUGUCGUCGUCAUGCAUUUCUUAUUGUACAGUGGACUCACUCUAGUGGUGGUACCGAAGUUUGACUUCGUCAAGUACCUAGAGAGCAUAGUCAAGUACCGGGUAACCCAUCUUUCAGUUGUGCCCCCGCAAGUCGUUCUAUUAUGCAAGCACCCAGCUACAAAAAAAUACGACCUGAGCCGCAUCCGAUACCUCAUGAGCGGAGCAGCUCCCCUUUCUUCUGAACUAACCUUGCAGCUUGUCAAAAUUCUUCCUAAUGCACAAAUUGGACAAGGCUAUGGCAUGACGGAGACGUGCACUACAGUUUCAAUGUGGCCUAUCACACAAAAGAUUGGCACCUUAGGAAGCGCCGGUCAGUUAAUGCCAGGUAAUAGGGCUCGCGUAGUCAAAGAAGAUGGCACGUUUGCCAAGGUCGGUGAACAAGGAGAGCUGGUGGUCACUGGUCCUUCUAUGGCACUGCGGUACACAAAUAACGAGGAGGCAACCAAAGAGACGUUCAUUGACGGAUGGGUCCGCACUGGAGACGAAGUGAUCAUUAAUGAGAACAACGAAUUAUUCAUAGUAGACAGAUUGAAGGAAAUCAUGAAAGUUCGAGGUUUCCAGGUUGCCCCGGCCGAAUUGGAAGGGCAUCUUCUCAAGCGGGCAGACGUUGCUGACGCCUGUGUUGUACCUGUCGCCGAUGAUUACAGCGGAGAGGUCCCAUUGGCGUUCGUAGUAUUGCAUCCAGAUGCCGCGAAGAGGGUAGGAUCGAGCCCAGCUGAGGCAGAGAAGCUAAAGGCGGACAUUGCUAAACACGUUGCAGAUCACAAGGUCCCAUAUAAACGAUUGGCAGGUGGCGUCGAAUUCAUUGACGUUAUACCGAAGAAUCCCAGCGGAAAGCUAUUGCGGCGUGUGUUGCGAGACAAGGCCAAGGAGCUACGGGCGCAGAAUCCGAUCAAAGCGAGGUUGUAGGGGUGGAGGUAUCAUCUGAGGUUUAUAACUACACAAACUAUCGUCUGUAACGUACGUUUAUGGCAUUCAUGACAUGGAUUUGUGUUGUGGGC